AUGCGGUUCACCAGUCUCUUCCUAGCGAGCUUUGUCUCCAAGGCUGUUUUAGGCAACCCCCUUCUAAGACAAUCGCUACAAGCCAAGAGCGCGGCGCAGAAAGGCUCCUGUUCAUCAUGUUCUUAUGAGCAGCCUACCACAGUCGCCCCAUACAAGAAUAUAUGGCAAGGCUUGACUGACAAGGAGGCUGUCGAUGUCAUUGAGCUCUUACAUUCCGAUGCCGCCGGGCUGAAUCUGACGGCUGCCGCCAACGCUACAGAUUGGGACAAUAUAAUCCUCUCGGUCGAGCUGAUGUUGCCUAACAAGACCGAUGUGCUCCAGUACAUCACUGGCAACUCGACGACGAGCCCCACUCGCCAUGCCAGAGCAUUCUUGAUGUUCGGCGCCACCGAGAAACCCUACGUCCGCGAAUACAUUGUUGGACCCCUGCCGAUCACCAACCAGUCAACCGUGUCGCCCUACGCCUUCAGAACCACCAAAGGCGGCGAUGCCAAGAUUCCCAUAAUCAACGCUGAUCAGACGGCGUAUGCUGAGUUCACUGCCAAUAUCAUUAAAGAGGCCGAAGAUGUCACCAAGUUCCUAUGGAACCUGACGGCCGCCGACAAAAUCCAGCUGCCUCUCGCCUUCAUGGCUCCUCUGACCGUGAGCGACAACGAAGUCUACCAGUGGCAGUCAUUCAUCGCCCCAACCACCAGCAUCUACGAAACCGUGUAUCUCAUGCCCCUCGGUCUGUAUGUCCGAAGCGACAUCACAGGCAGAGACCCGUCCAAGUGGAAGAUGACUGGGUGGGUUUACAACGACAUCUUCUAUCCUUCGCUCGAUGACCUGCGCGCGGCUAUCAAAGACCCCAAGUUCAAAAAGUUGUCGGGCACCUCAGACGAGGAAUGGGCUCGGAACAAUCACCACGGAGAGCCUCUGAAGUUUGACGAGAUGCCUCCGCCAGUGACUAUCCAGCAAGGACCGCCGAGGUUUACUGUUGAUGCCGAGGAGGAGUAUGUUGAGUGGAUGGACUUCUCCUUCUAUGUGACGGCUGCCCGUCAGAACGGCUUGAGGUUGUACGAUGUUAAGUACAAGGGCAAGAGGAUCCUUUAUGAGCUUGGCCUGGACGAAGCCAUUGCUCAUUACGCAGGAAUCGAUCCGGUGCAAUCCGGCACAAUCUAUUUUGACUCGGGUUCCGGCUUCGGUCCCACAAUCGUGUCUCUCGUACGUGGCUACGAUUGUCCGGGAUACGCGACCUUCUUGAACACUACCCAAACUACCAAGGAGACAACCCGCACCCAGAAGGACGGAAUCUGCUUAUUCGAGAUCGACAAGGGAUACCCGAUCCAGCGCCACGGAUGGGCUGGACACACGGGUGUGACCAAAAACAUUGCGCUUACUGUCCGGGCCGUUUACACGAUCGGUAACUACGACUACAUGACAACCUACGAGUUCUACCUGGACGGGUCCAUCGAGGUCUCGGUCCGCGCAUCCGGUUACAUCUCGUCAGCCUUCUAUGCCAACAACGAGGACUACGGCUUCAAGAUCCACGACAGCCUCUCGGGUUCGCUCCACGACCACGUCAUCACCUUCAAGGCGGACCUGGACGUGCUGGGGACAGAGAAUUCGCUGCAAAAGAUUGAAAUUGUCCCGUCCACGGAGAAGUACGUCUGGUUGAAUGGGACCAGGAACACGAUGAAGGCACGCAAGAGCUUUGUCGCGACGGAGGACGACGGUAAAAUCAACUGGUCACCUAACGGCGCCUCCAUGUAUGCCGUUGUGAACAAGGACAAGCCGAAUCCAUAUGGGGAAUAUCCGGGAUGGAGGAUCGUUCCAGCUUCCGGCGUAGCAUACCUGACCGUCCAGGACUCCAAUAUCACCAAGAACUCCGCCCACCACACCACCCACCACCUCUACGUUACCAAGCGCAAAGACAGCGAGGACUCGGCCACGCACCCAUACAAUAGCAAUGCCAUCAACGACCCGCCCAUCGAUUUCGCCAAAUACUUCGACGGCGACUCUUUGGACCAACAGGACCUCGUGGUCUGGUUCAACCUCGGCAUGCACCACAUGCCUCACACGGGCGACUUGCCCAACACGGUCUUCACGACGGCCCACUCGGCCAUGCUGAUUGAGCCGUUCAACUACCUGACCGGCGACCCAAGCAGAGCGUCCAAGCAGCAGGUGCAGCUCGCUAUCUCCGAGAACGGUACGACCAUCAGGACUUGGGGAGCCCAGCCCGCGACUUGCUCAACCAUCAAUCAGGAGCAGGUGAAUCCGGAUCUGACCACGUAUACUGGAGGGAUUUCUGUGCUCAAGUAUCCGUUCGACAAGACCAGUCCGGAUCGCGUCAUCUGA